AUGACAUUCAGUGGCCUCUUCCCCUUCGUGCUUCUUGCCCUGGGAACCCUGGCACCUUGGGCUGUGGAAGGUGCUGAAAAUGCUUUGAAAGCUGGAGACUGCCCUCCUAGAGAACCUGCCAAUUGCUUUAAAUAUGACAAACCCGAGUGCAACAAUGACUGGCAGUGUCCAGAGAAGAAGAGAUGUUGCCCUGAUUAUUGCGGAAUCAGAUGCCUGGAUCCUGUCAACAUCUUGAACUCAGCUGAGGAGAAGCCUGGGAAGUGUCCAGUGUUCGACACGCAAUGUCUGAUGCUUAACCCCCCCAAUCGCUGUGAGACAGACAGCCAGUGCGUGGGUGAAUUAAAGUGCUGCAAGGGCACUUGUGGGAAAGCCUGCAUUUUCCCUGUGAAAGGUAAGGAGGGGCUGGGGCAGGCUGACCUCCUUCCCUCCAGCUCUCUCUCUCAACCCUCUGGAGUUCCAGGCAUAUAA